UCGUCCUCCUGAUCCCCCUCUCAUUUGUCCGAUGUGUGCUUCUGACGCUCUCUCUGUGCCCUUUCAUCCUCACACCUCUCUCUCUGCUGGCCCUCCCCCCUCCUAUCACCGCCCUUCACCGCCGGUAUCCACGGCUGAUUGCCCUCCAUCUCAUCAUCCACGGUUUGGACACGUCCAAGCUAUUGAUCCGUUGUUGACCCCCCAAUCUGGAUUGUUUUGGAGCGAAUGGGGAUCAUUCGGUUUAGCUCUUGCUUGGGAAGUAGUUGAUCAAUGUGGUUCUUGGUUGGAGUCCCCCUUUUGUUUAAUUGACUUUGAAGAUUAACAUAAUGGUUUCAGAGGGAAAGCUGGAGUGAGAGGAGGCCAAAAUUAAGGCAAAGAAGGCUUUGAGGUCAUUGUUAGAAGUCUGUAACUCCUGAUGCUUUCUUGAUGCUGCAGGAUUUGGCACUUUUUUCUGUACGGCUAGAUUGUAAUUUGAAAAGGAGAAAGCUUCCCAGAUAGAUUUACAUAUGUAGAAAGCAUCUAAGAGAAGGCAUAGAGGCCACAAUCUGUAAUCCUACGUUAGCUUUGUAAGGAGGUCUCGGAUUCUGUAAUUGCUGAAAAGCCUUUUUCCCAUUAUAUACCUUUCCUGCCUUACACAGUUCAUCUGCCAACUGUUUUUUCUUUUUGUCCAGAGAAUCAUUUGAAGAGGGAAAAGUAGAUAUUUUGUAGGUUAUUAGUUUCUUUAAGAUCCACCCUGGCUACUCAUUAUUAAUAUGGUUCUUUAGCUUAAAAAUCUGUGGAGUUUGGGCAAUGGCUUUUUAUUCCGAAGAGGAAAAGACCGAGGAUUAUCUAUUCAAGAUUGUUUUAAUUGGUGAUUCAGCCGUUGGAAAAUCCAAUUUGCUUGCAAGAUUUGCUAGAGAUGAGUUCUACCCUAAUUCGAAGUCAACUAUAGGAGUAGAGUUCCAAACCCAAAAGGUGGAUAUCAAUGGUAAAGAAGUCAAAGCACAGAUCUGGGACACAGCCGGUCAAGAGCGGUUCAGGGCUGUCACCUCUGCAUAUUACAGAGGUGCCGUUGGUGCUCUUUUGGUAUAUGAUAUCAGUAGACACCAGACGUUUGAUAGCAUUGGCAGAUGGCUUAACGAACUCCACACUCAUUCUGACAUGAACGUAGUUACGAUACUUGUUGGCAACAAGUCCGAUCUCAAGGAUGCCAGGGAGGUACCCACUUCUGAGGGCAAAGCCUUGGCAGAAGCACAGGGUUUGUUUUUUAUGGAAACAUCUGCUCUUGAUUCGUCCAAUGUCUCUGCCGCUUUUCAGAUGGUUGUGAAAGAGAUCUAUAACAUACUAAGCCGCAAAGUUAUGAUAUCUCAGGAGCUCAAGAAACAGGACCCCAGUUGGGUAGGGAGUGGAAAGACGGUGGUUUUGCAAGACGGGAGCCAAGAAACAGCAGUUGCAGAGCCUAAAAAAGGUGGGUGCUGUUCAUCUUAGGGAUACACAACACAAGAGGUGUGGACGGAUCAUUUUGGCGGGUCCUGACAACCCUCUUCUUCUUUUUUUGUUUUGUUCCCACUAAUGUUCCUUGCAUUCCUUCUCCAUGUGAUCUAAUUUCUUGACUUUGUUUAAAUGUUCACUCAAGAAACAUGUUUUCACUCAAUCGGUUGAAGAUAAGAAGUUGAGGUAGAAGAUGUAAAUGGCCUGAAAGGUGGAUUAGAAAAGCUUAUACAAUGUUCAAAAUCCAGUUAUCAAAAUGCACUGUACUUCUUAGCCA